AUGUCAAUAUCUCAGCUACCUCAAGCUACUGUUCGUCAGCUUGGCUCCUCUGUCGUCAUCCCAUCUCCUGUGUCACUUGUCAAGGAACUCGUAGACAAUGCUAUUGACGCCCAUGCAAACCAUAUCGAGAUCAGAACUUCCGCAAACGCAAUAGACAAAAUCCAGGUCAGAGACAACGGUCACGGUAUUAGCUCAGAAGACUACGAUGCUCUUGGACGCCGGUCCCACACCAGUAAGCUUCGGACUUUCGAGGAGCUUCAAUGCAAGGGAGGCCAAACACUCGGCUUCCGCGGCGAUGCCUUGGCAAGCAUAAAUGCCGUCUCGAAGCUUACCAUCACGACGAGAACGACCCGUGAUCCAGUGGCGAUCUUGCUGGUACUAAACCCCAAGGGCGGUGGAUUUACGGAUAAGAAGCAUGUUGCGGGCUCCGUUGGGACUACCGUCGACGUCUCGGACUUGUUUGCCAACAUUCCGGUUCGCAGGCAACAAAUUCUGAAGGAGAGCAAGAAAACAUACGCACAGAUCAAGGACCUCCUACAGGUAUACGCACUCACUCGACCUCACAUUAGACUCUGCUUGAAGGUCAUCAAAAAUGACAAGCUUUCGUGGUUUUAUGCUCCAAGCAAAGACGCAACGAAACCGGGAAGACCAGACACACCAGCAUCCGUCAUGAGACUCGAAGCUUUUCUCCCGAGAGCUGAUGCCGAUCCUUUGAAAGUGUCUGGCAAGGGUUACUUCAUUUCCGUUGACUCGAGACCUAUGGCUACCACAAGGGGCACGAUGAAGAAACUUGUCGAUAUUUACACAAAACACCUGCGCGGCUGUGUCGUUCUUGACAAUUCUUCCAAGCCCAUUCCCAAGCCCUUCAUACGCUUGAAUGUCGAAUGCAUACUCGGAAGCUACGACCCCAACGUAACCACGGCCAAAGACGAGGUCAUCUUUGCAAACGAGCCAAAAUUACUGUCCCUAUUCGAAGACAUGUGCAAGGAGAUAUACCGAGCAACCGAGCCCGAAAUAACAGCUGAAGUGGUCACGGAAAGUCAUCAAGGUGCAUACGAGCGAGCUAGAUAUCAAAGUCCGGAUCUUCUUCCAGACGACGACGAAGAGAACUAUGACUCCCUGCAAGAAUUGGUCUCGGUCGACGGGAAGAGUCAGGAAAGAGUACUGACCGGCCUGGGUUCCCCUGAAAGUGGACAGCAGCUGCCAGAACCCCCCGAUAGAGAGCAUUCACACGGUCGUAAAGCCGUGCCUGGGGCGGCGGAAGAUCUGAGUUGUCCCGCUUCUGUGGAUCACAGCUCAAUAGAUAUCGAGUACAGCACUGUCAUAGACAGUUCCCCUUCCUCAGACCCAGGGCAAGCACGAAUUGGCCGAGGAGAUGAGGGGGAUACUCAGGAGGCAGUGCUCACCCAAACCCUCCUUCGGACUGGUUGGGAAGUGAAUAUGGCUAGAGAAGAGACUGCCAGUCCCGAGGGUCAAACGCAGCUGGUUCUUCUGGGGCCUCCCAGCACUGACGUACACGAGUUCAUCCAGUCACAAAUGGAACAGCAGACACAAAGAGAGGAACCAAACCCGUGGUCUUUGGCCAGGAAGGCGGCAGCAAACCAUUCGGCUCGCCGCGAAGAUAUAUCUGGCCUCCAAUACACGGGCGAACAAAGGGACGGCGAUACAACUCCUCGCCAGCAAGGCCAUGCCCCCAAUUUAGCAGAUACUAUGCAAGAAGCCGAUAAAGUAGUCAGCCAAGAGAUCGAAGAUCGAAAAUUUUCUCGUCAGCAGAAAUUUCAACCCCAUUGGGUACCUGCAGCAGCAAGGGAGGGUAUUUACGAACCAGAUACCUUGAAACCACCGAUACUACAACACCCUACCGCCCCACCGACAAGUCAUCAGAUUCCAAGACACCGGGAACAGCGAAGAAUUCCAAGAGAUGAGGAGGCAUUCCAUUCAUCUUUUACUGGACACGAAAUCGAAGACCUGGAAAUAAUACCGCAGAGGGGCCCAGGUGUUCGCCAACGCAUCGGUGCCAAGACGCCGUAUCCCUUUGCGGAUCUUGACGAGAGUAGUGUGCUUGGCACGCCUCCUCCGUCUUCCAGUCCAUUGCGAAAGCCAUUCCGAGUACCUGCCCGCAUUGAACAAGGUAGCAACCGUCAUGGACGACAGGCACCGCUGAGGCCUGCCCAGGCUACUCGGAGAUUUGAGCCUCGUAGGGCAGACGGACUGAGACAAAGCAAGCUUGCCGUUAACACACGAAGAGAUAUACAGCACCCGGAGCUCAAGGAUACAUCAGGUUAUUGCUUUCCUUCAAUUGAGUCCAGAAGAGAUAAUUACAAUGAUGAUGUCGAAGAGACGAGGAAGUCAAAGCAUCGGUAUAAGCAAGCCAGCCCAGAUCCAAACGAGAGGCAGAUGUUGGAGAGAUUGAACGCUCUACGCCACAGAACUGAAGACGUGUAUGUCGAAAUUGCAGGUGAAGAACGCGGAAGAUCACUCUCACGGAGAGCUACAACCACCCUGCCAGAUAUGUCUCCGCGAAGAUACCUGAAGAAGAGGCUGGCAUCUAGGUCCAGGUCGAGAACCAAGAUACACAAGAGAAUGAGAUCUGAGAUGCUUCCAUUUGAGAAGCUUUUCUCUGAGCCUCACACCCAAACACACUCACUUGCACUUGAUCUACAAGAUUUGCGGCAGGAGGUUACCAAUGCGUCUGAUUUUGAUCUUUACAUCUCCAGAGGCAUACAGGAAGUGGCGUUUCACAUGGGUAGGAAUGAAAUGGAGAAUAUCAGCAACAAGCUUCAAGAAAUUGUGUGCGCCUGGGUGUAUGAGAAGCAUGGAGUUGAGGUGGAGCUCGAGGUUGAUAUUGGUGCAUUGUGCGAUGGAGAAGACAUAGGAGUAUAG